CAUGUGCACAGCUGGCGCCCCCCGCCCCCCGCACACAGCUGGGACGUGGGCUGCCGCCGCCGGGCUGCCGGCCUCAGUCGCCCCGGGCUCUCGGCGCGCGGUCGGUGCGUGUGGUCCCCGCGUCGGUCCGCGCCGUCGGCCAUGGCCUCGCGCCGCUGCCUGCUGGCUCUCGUGCUGUGCUGUGGCUGGGGGGCGCUGGCCGUGGUCUCCCCGAAACCCGGCGCCGGCUGUCCGAGCCGCUGCCUAUGCUUCCGAACCACGGUGCGCUGCAUGCAUCUGUUGCUGGAGGCCGUGCCGGCCGUGGCGCCGCAGACCUCCAUCCUGGAUCUUCGCUUUAAUAGAAUCCGAGAGAUCCAGCCGGGGGCAUUCAAGAAGCUUAGAAACUUGAAUACGCUGCUUCUCAACAAUAAUCAGAUCAAGAGUAUACCCAGUGGAGCAUUUGAAGAUUUGGAAAAUUUAAAAUAUCUCUAUUUAUACAAGAAUGAGAUCCAGUCAAUUGACAGGAAAGCGUUUAAGGGACUUGCCUCUCUAGAACAACUGUACCUGCACUUUAACCAGAUAGAAACUUUGGACCCAGAGUCAUUCCAGCAUUUGCCCAAACUAGAAAGGCUAUUUUUGCAUAACAACCGAAUUACACAUUUAGUUCCUGGAACAUUUAAUCACCUGGAAUCUAUGAAAAGAUUGCGCCUGGACUCCAAUGCGCUGCGCUGCGACUGUGAGAUCCUGUGGCUGGCAGAUCUGCUGAAAACCUACGCCGAGUCGGGGAACGCACAGGCGGCCGCCACCUGUGAGUACCCUCGGCGCAUCCAGGGUCGCUCGGUGGCCACCAUCACCCCAGAGGAGCUGGACUGUGAAAGGCCCCGGAUCACGUCGGAGCCCCAGGAUGCCGAUGUCACCUCGGGGAACACCGUGUUCUUCACCUGCAGAGCCGAAGGAAACCCCAAGCCUGAGAUCAUCUGGCUUCGGAACAACAACGAGCUCAGCAUGAAGACUGAUUCCCGCUUAAACUUGCUGGACGACGGCACCUUGAUGAUCCAGAACACCCAGGAGACAGACCAGGGCAUCUAUCAGUGCAUGGCGAAGAACGUGGCUGGAGAGGUGAAGACGCAUGAAGUCACCCUCAGGUAUUUUGGAUCCCCAGCUCGGCCGGCCUUUGUCAUCCAGCCUCAGAACACGGAAGUUCUGGUUGGGGAAAGCGUCACGCUGGAGUGCAGUGCCACAGGCCACCCUCUGCCCCGCAUCUCCUGGACGAAGGGGGACCGCACACCCGUGCCUGACGACCCCCGCAUCAGCAUCACCCCGUCUGGGGGCCUCUACAUACAAAAUGUCGUGCAGGAGGACAGUGGCGAGUACACGUGCUUUGCAGCCAAUAACAUCGAGACCAUUCAUGCCACAGCCUUUAUCAUUGUUCAGGCUCUUCCUCAGUUCACUGUGACACCUCAGGAUCGAAUUGUAAUCGAGGGGCAGACGGUUGAUUUCCAUUGUGAGGCAAAAGGCUACCCACAGCCGGUCAUCGCCUGGACAAAAGGAGGGAGCCAACUGUCUGUGGACAGACGUCACCUGGUGCUGUCAUCGGGAACACUGAGGAUCUCGGGCGUGGCCCUGCAUGACCAGGGCCAGUACGAGUGCCAGGCUGUCAACAUCAUUGGCUCACAGAGGGUGGUGGCCCACCUGACAGUGCAGCCCAGAGUCACCCCAGUAUUCGCCAGCAUCCCGAGCGACAUGACGGUCGAGGUGGGCACCAACGUUCAGCUCCCGUGCAGCUCACAGGGAGAGCCCGACCCGGCCAUCACCUGGAACAAGGAUGGGGUUCAAGUGACUGAAAGUGGGAAGUUUCACAUCAGCCCCGAGGGAUUCUUGACCAUCCACGAUGUGGGCACGGCGGACGCCGGCCGCUACGAGUGUGUGGCCAGGAACACCAUCGGGCAGGCCUCAGUCAGCAUGGUGCUCAGUGUGAAUGUCCCCGAUGUCAGUCGCAAUGGGGACCCAUUUGUAGCCACAUCGAUUGUCGAAGCAAUUGCCACUGUUGACAGAGCUAUAAACUCAACCCGGACACACCUGUUUGACAGCCGUCCCCGCUCUCCCAAUGAUCUGCUGGCCUUGUUCCGGUAUCCGAGGGACCCGUACACCGUGGAGCAGGCGCGGGCAGGAGAGAUAUUCGAACGGACCUUGCAGCUGAUUCAGGAGCACGUGCAGCAUGGCCUGAUGGUGGAUUUGAAUGGAACGAGUUACCACUACAAUGACUUAGUGUCCCCCCAGUAUCUGAGCCUGAUCGCCAACCUCUCAGGCUGUACAGCCCACCGGCGCGUGAACAACUGCUCAGAUAUGUGCUUCCAUCAGAAGUACCGGACCCAUGACGGCACCUGCAACAACCUGCAGCACCCGAUGUGGGGUGCCUCACUCACCGCCUUCGAGCGCCUCCUCAAGUCCGUGUACGAAAAUGGGUUCAACACCCCUCGGGGCAUCAACCCGGGCAGGCUGUACCACGGGCACCCGCUGCCCAUGCCACGCCUGGUGUCCACCUCGCUCAUCGGUACCGAGACCAUCACCCCCGAUGAGCAGUUCACGCACAUGCUGAUGCAGUGGGGCCAGUUCCUGGACCACGACCUGGACUCCACGGUGGUGGCGCUGAGCCAGGCCCGCUUCUCCGACGGCCAGCACUGCAGCUCGGUGUGCAGCAAUGACCCGCCCUGCUUCUCGGUGGCCAUCCCCCCCAACGACCCCCGCGUCCGGAACGGGGCACGCUGCAUGUUCUUCGUACGCUCCAGCCCUGUGUGUGGCAGUGGCAUGACGUCCCUGCUCAUGAACUCCGUGUACCCCCGGGAGCAGAUCAACCAGCUCACCUCCUACAUCGACGCAUCCAACGUCUACGGGAGCACGGAUCACGAGGCCCAGGCCAUCCGCGACCUGGCCAGCCACCGCGGGCUGCUGCGGCAAGGCAUCGUGCAGCGGUCGGGCAAACCCCUGCUGCCCUUCGCCACGGGGCCGCCCACGGAAUGCAUGCGCGACGAGAAUGAGAGCCCCAUCCCCUGCUUCCUGGCCGGGGACCACCGCGCCAACGAGCAGCUGGGCCUCACCAGCAUGCACACACUGUGGUUCCGGGAGCACAACCGUGUGGCCGCCGAGCUGCUGGGGCUGAACCCCCACUGGGACGGCGACACCAUCUACCACGAGGCGAGGAAGAUCGUGGGGGCCGAGAUGCAGCACAUCACCUACCAGCACUGGCUCCCCAAGGUGCUGGGGGAGGUGGGCAUGAAGAUGUUGGGUGAGUACCGGGGCUAUGAGCCCAGCGUCAAUGCUGGCAUCUUCAAUGCCUUCGCCACGGCUGCCUUCAGGUUCGGGCACACGCUCAUCAACCCUGUGCUUUACCGCUUGGACGAGAACUUCGAGCCCAUCGCCCAAGGCCACGUGCCUCUGCACAAGGCCUUCUUCUCGCCCUUCCGCAUCGUCAACGAGGGUGGUAUCGACCCACUCCUGCGGGGCCUGUUCGGCGUGGCAGGGAAGAUGCGUGUGCCCACACAGCUGCUCAACACCGAGCUGACGGAGCGCCUCUUCUCCAUGGCACACACCGUGGCCUUGGACCUGGCCGCCAUCAACAUCCAGCGGGGCCGGGACCACGGCAUCCCGCCCUACCACGACUACCGCGUCUACUGCAACCUGUCAUCCGCCCAUUCCUUCGAGGACCUGAAAAAUGAGAUCAAAAACCCUGAGAUCCGGGAGAAACUGAGACGGUUAUAUGGCUCCCCGCUGAACAUUGACUUGUUCCCUGCCCUCAUGGUAGAAGACCUGGUUCCUGGCAGCCGUCUGGGGCCCACCUUGAUGUGCCUGCUGAGCGCCCAGUUCAAACGCUUACGGGAUGGGGACAGGUUGUGGUAUGAAAACCCGGGGGUGUUCUCCCCCGCCCAGUUAACACAGAUCAAGCAGGCGUCCCUGGCCAGGAUCCUGUGUGACAAUUCUGAUAACAUCACACGCGUGCAAAAAGACGUGUUCAGAGUGGCCGAGUUCCCACACGGAUACAGCAGCUGUGACGAGAUCCCCAGAGUGGACCUGCGGGUGUGGCAGGACUGCUGUGAAGACUGUAGGACCAGGGGACAGUUCAAUGCAUUCUCCUAUCACUUUCGAGGCAGGCGGUCCCUGGAAUUCAGCUACCAGGAGGACAUGCCUGACAAGCAUGCAAGCUCCGAGACGGUGAUGAGUCCAGCUGCCACCAGUGCUGGGAAACUCAGUAAGUAUCCCAGCAACACCACUUCUGCCUUUACUGAGCACCCCCAAGUACCAGGGACAAAUGACUUCAAGGAAUUUAUUCUGGAUAUGCAGAAGACCAUCACAGACCUCAGGAAACAGAUAAAGAAACUUGAAUCUCGGCUCAACACCUCCGAGUGCCCCGACUUGGACGGCAAGUCGCAUGCCAAUGGAGCCACGUGGAAGACAGACCCAUGCACUGCUUGUGAAUGCCAUGAUGGACACAUUACCUGCUUUGUGGAAGCAUGCCAGCCCGCCGACUGUGCAGAGCCCGUGAAGCUGGAGGGAGCAUGUUGUCCAAUCUGUGUGAAGUCCAGUCCAGGAGAGGAACCAUAGGCCCAGCAGAGUUCCUCAGAGUGUCUCCACUAUGUCAUCUCAGAUCAGAUGGCCGGUACGGGGGCUGUGAUGCAGGAACCACCAGGAGCUGGACAUUGCUUGGCCCACCGUGGCCAGAGCUGUUUCGGAACAGAGUGCAAGAGGCUCAAAGACAGGAGGUGACCAUUGCGGAGUAGAUCCACGAACAGAAAGACAGACAUGUGUCCUAACGUCAUGUUAAUUUCUCAGGUCUUAUUUAAUUUUUUUUUCUAGUGAAAAAUUGGUGCUACAAUUAAAUUGCACAGUUGUGUCAUUUAGGCUCCUAAAUUGAUUUCACAGACAGUCACGUUUUCUCUCCACUAGAAGUUUGGCUCGGUUCUGAAGAGCAGGUACUUGCAGGCAGGGUCCCCACGAAUGAGAGCGCUAGAUGGAGCCUCAUUGGAGGCUCGCCACAUUUCAAAAGGAGUCAGUGUUGAGCAAAUGAGCUGCAUCUCUUCCGGCAUUGUGGUGGCAAUCUUAGCAGUAAGCAGAGGCCCACAUUCCUCCCUCCUGAUGCAGAUGGCCCUCUGCUUCAGAGUAGACAUCUCGUGGAAAGGCAUGUACAUGUCCAUGAUGGGGAGAUGAUUAAGCCACACUUAGAAGCUGGUUUGCUGCAUUGUAUAACCUGCAUGCUUACCUGUCUAGCUGGGGACCAAAUGUGAAAACCCUCCAUGUCUUCUUGAACGACACCUACUGAACCUCUGUCCACAUUGACCACCUCGUCCACAGCCAGCUCACCGCUUCCUGUCCCCCCACAUCCCCUGCACCAAGCUCUGCUUCUAGCCAGAGAACAGGGAGGACUCACAGUGAAUCCUUGAGGGGGCAGGGGAAUGUGAAUGCUGGGAACUUUCUAACUUCAGGUUGUAUGAAUGUGUUAAAGGAAAAAUAAAAAUAGCCCUAUACCUCAUACGUAGUUUUUAAUGCAUGCUGUUUGAUGAAGUCUUGCCCAUGAUUUAGGUGUUAGGUAUGGCAGUAAAACCAUUUCCACUAUGCAAAAAAAAGUUCUUCUAGGAUACAGUGAAAAGCAACGCUCAUACCUCAAGCUCUCUCUUUUGCAAUUGGCCCACAGCCGCCCAUUUUUUUGUUCAAAGUAAAAAGGGGGUCUGUAUUAUGAGACACGUUUCCCUGAAUGUACAAGUUCAGGGGCAACAAAUGCUUUCUGGAGUGCCCACUGUGUGACUGGCAUUGUGUGGUGUACAGGAGAUGUAAGACCUGCUCAGCCUGCAUUCAACCCCAGGCGGAUAGGAGGAGGGAUGGAAUACUAUACUGGCGGGUUCAGAACAGGCGAGGCUUGUGUCAGAGAUGCACAGUUUAUAUUGUAUCCACCAUUGGUGCCGAGGGCAGGAGAGUCUGUAGGUAUAGCCUGGCAGGAAAUGGGUGUUUCCCAGCCUGCUGUUAGCUCAGCAUGACUGUCCCCGGGCUGGGAACUCCAGGUCUCAUGCACAAGGCAGCUACAUCUGUAGACUGGAGAUCAUGUUCUAGCACUGGGAAUAUUUAACCAUGGUUGGCUUGACUUUUUUACCCUCCUCUUCCUAAACAAACAAAAAUGACAGAGAUUUUAUGGGGUGAUAGGACAUCUCUUCUUAUAUCAAGUCAAAUUGAGUUACCAGGUCUUGGAACAGAUUUCUAUAACUUAGGAAAUGGACAACUGAGAAAGUUGGGUGGUUGUAUCCUAAGCUCAGGUAGGGAAGGUCCCACAUUCUGUGGGGUUAGGGGGAUUCUUGUGUUUUGAGGUUGGUGUGUGGUUUUCUUGUGGACGUGGCCUGCACCAGUGGAAGAACUGGCUUGGGCAAGCAUCACAGGUCUUGUCCUCCAAACGGAAGGAGGGUAUCUGAUUUAUCAUGAAAUCCCUUCCUUUCUAUGGAAAAGUGCAGAAUUGCCACAGUGUCAAAACUGUGGGCAGCCCUGGAAUGCAGCUUCCUCAAAGCCACUGGCUGCCGUGAGAUGAAGCAAGUGUACAUAUUUAUUUACUUCUCUAACUGUGGCUGACAGCCAAAUGCCUCUUUUCUGUUCAUUGUAAUCCGUACAUUACCAAAGAAAGGUUUGCACUAUAUAAUGAUGCUUUUCAAGUCAAAUAAAUGGUUCACCUUUUC